GCCCUUUGGCCAUUUUUUGUAAGGAGUAAUACCAAACUCUCUCUUUUCAGUUUUGACAUACAACACUUGAAAGUGGAAACUACGGUUCACACCUCACAUUUCUUGAGGUAGAAAAACCAUUUCUUCUACAUUUUCUUAGACAAAUUGAUAGUGCCAUUUCGCAGAGUUUGAAUGAAUUGGUGUCUUACUAGGGAGAUCAAAGGCUUGGAAACGGCUGAAGAUUUGAGAGAUGGCGAACGGUGCAGUGGAUUGUGCUGAGAGGGCGACGAGUGACAUGCUGAUCGGCCCUGACUGGGCAAUUAACAUUGAGCUUUGUGAUAUUAUAAACUCGAACCCUGGACAAGCCAAGGAUGCACUCAAGGUUAUCAAGAAACGUCUUGGAAAUAAAAACCCUAAAAUACAACUCCUUGCCUUAUUUGUACUUGAGACUCUAAGCAAAAACUGCGGAGAAAAUGUAUUUCAGCAGAUUGUUGAGCGGGACAUUUUGCAUGACAUGGUUAAAGUUGUCAAGAAAAAGCCAGAUUUGAAUGUGAGGGAAAAGAUUUUAAUCCUGAUUGAUACAUGGCAAGAAGCUUUAGGGGGGGCCCACGGAAAGUUUCCACAAUAUCAUGUUGCCUUUAAUGAGCUAAAGGCUUUUGGUGUGGAAUUUCCGCCUCGUGAAGAAAACAGUGUACCGUUAUUCACUCCACCGCAGACCCAUCCAAUUGUUCACCCUGAAGCUUCAACAUAUGAAGAAACUGCAGUCCAGCUCUCUCUUGAAUCUGAUCAAUCUGGACUUAGUCUGCUGGAGAUUCAAAAUGCUCAGGGUGUAGUAGAUGUUUUGACGGAGAUGCUUAGCGCCUUGGAUCCUAAGAACCCUCAGAGUGUAAAAGAAGAGGUGAUUAUAGACCUUGUGGAACAGUGUCAUUCUUUCCAAAAGCGAGUCAUGUUUCUCGUGAAUAGCACUCUAGAUGAGGAGCUUCUUUGUAAAGGGUUGGCACUUAAUGACAAUAUACAACGGGUUCUUCGUCUUCAUGAUGAUAUUGCAAAGGGAACCCCCUCUGUCACGUUAGCAACAAAAGAAACCCUUGUUGCACCCCUCAUGAAUAUGAAUGAUGAGGAUGAAGAGUCAGAGGAUGAUUUUGUUCAAUUAGCCCGCAGGUCCUCCAGGGAUACGUCGCAAGGGCAUGAACGGAAGCCCAUUGAUGUGAAAAAUGAACCGGUCCGGAUGAGUACAAUUCUCCCCCCACCACCUUCAUCAUGGAACCCUAUUUCUUCUACUGAUGCUGCUGGAAUGAUUGAUUACCUAAGUGGCGACACAUAUCAGUCUGUAACUACUUCUGCUGUGUCUUCUGGUCUGCCAAAUGAUUCAAUCCCACCACCACCUCCCAUAUCAAGUCCAAAGCUCUCUUCUUUGCCCCUUUCUGAUGAUUUCAUCAAUCCCACUGCGGAUGAAUUCCUCAACCCCACAGCAUCUUUAUUCGGUGCGAAGUCUGAUCACAGCGAUAUAGACCCAAACCCCAAAUCUGAUGCGGAUCACUCACCUUCGGCUCUGUGGGGUGGUGCCCCCCUUGCCACAAACCUCCCACCACCGCCUGCCAGAUAUAACCAGAGGCAACAUUACUUCGAGCGUCAUCUAUCUACUGGCAGUACAUCUGAUUCCAGUACUAUGAGAUCAACCUCUUAUGACAGCUUGGCUGGGCAGACCAAGAAUCUCUCAAUUUAUCCACCAAACUCAAGCAAACAAGUGAAAGCGGAGGAUGUGCUUUUUAAGGAUCUGGUAGACUUUGCGAAGACCAAAUCCUCAUCAUCAAAACCUAGGUAACAGACCUCUUUGAGCAACUAUAGCGGACAUAAAUGAGAUUGAGUCAUUGGUGUGGCCGUCCGGUACAGUUUGGAGUGCUGUCACCUGCGCUUGAUAUUUUCUAUUGUUACAAAUGAGAAUGCCGAGCAUGUGUUACUCUUUGUUGAUGAAACUGUUUGCCUGUGAAUAUUACCUGUAUGUUUGCCUGUUUGGUAUACAUCUCUCUACUUCUGGGGCGUAUAUCUCAACAUGAGAAUUGAAGUUCUUUUAACGACCAUUUGUUUAGUUUAUCGUCAAGGAAUGUUUUUUGGCAUGUCAUCAUUACGAUAUUUUGCUAUGAUUUAUGUUUGUGCAUCAUGGAUUCAUGGGUAUAUUUUGUUUGUUUAAUAGUAAUGUAAAAAACAAAAUUCAUUGAUCACAUAAUAAGAGUUAAUAUAUAUUAUUAACCUUUGAUUGCCCG